CACAAUUGUAAUUCCGCCUUAGUGCCGUACGGUAGGGCACGUAGUCCUAUCUCUUCAUCAUCUCAAUGGAUUAUGAAGAACAUGCCGUCCCCUCUAUCACGCGUGUAGACAUUUUCUUAGAUGACAAAUGACAAUGGAAUUAAGGACAUUGACGUCGCUGUCGUAAUGACCCCACACAACAACACCUAACACCAGACAACACCAGACAACUGACGGUGGAUCAGAGGGGAUGCAAAGCAACAACCAUGCUGAUGAUAGCAUAAUAUCGUUGCUUGGACAAGCCAGAGUGGUAGAUCUCGAUCGAGCAUCUGCACGCAUAAUAUGGUGCCUUACCGUUGCGUAAUACUGUCAUUGGUGGUUUUGUUCCUGGUCGUACCUGCUGCCAGUGGUCUCGGGGGUGAACUGGCUGCGUUCCGGACAAGCCCGCUGUCGCCCGAAGACACGAGUUUUUCGCAGGAUGUCUGUGAACGCCAUGAAAAAUAUCGACUUGGACAUGUUGAGCUGAAAGAUGCCCUUUCUGGAAUGUCGUUGAGGCCAGUUUUGGUACAAUAUGAAGGUAGCCCCUUCUUCAAAUACAGCCAUGAUACUGGUAUUGACAAAGAGAAUCCAGGACUGCUGGCUGAGCUACUGGAUGCUGUUGCUGAAAAAGCCAAUUUUACCUGGCGUGACAAUUUUGGCAUUACAGAGAGACCACAUGAAUACAACAUGACAUGGACCGAUCUCCUGCUCUGGAGUAUUAAAAACUAUGACAUUGCAGCUCAUCUGUGGGAUCAUACUGCAGAACGAAUGGAGCAAGGAGUCACGUAUACAGCUCCAUGGUAUGAUGGGAGCUUGAUUCUCAUUGACCAAAGAAGGUCUCUGAGGGACACCAACAAUAUCGAUCCACUCAACUGGACCAAGCCUUUUGCGCCAUCAGUCUGGGGAAUGAUAGUUUUGACUGUAGUCUUGUCAGCCCUUGUCUACCAGCUCAUCGAACAGCUCCACAGCGAACGCGAAGGAAGAUCUUUCAGCCAGUGGUUCUCUGACAACUUGUAUCUCAGUUCCAUCAACUUCUCCCAGAACUUUGAGUAUGCCCCUAGCAGUUUUGCAGGAAGAAUAUUUGGGGUCAGCAUGACAAUUUGGGCGCUUGUCAUUACAGCAACAUACACUGCAAACCUUGCUUCUUUGUUUGUGGAGUCCAGGGUAGAACCUGUUCUGGUCGAUUCCAUGGAGGAAGCAGUUGUCUAUGGCUACCCUGUUUGUACAAAAGAAAACACCAAUGCAGACUUUUACAUCGGAGAAACCUUCCCAAAGGCACACCGGAAACCAAGAGUGGAUGAGAAGGCAACUUAUGAGUCGUUGAGAAGUGGAGAUUGUGCUCUGGCAGUCACAACCAAAGAAACUUGGUUAAGUGCUCAGGUAAACAAAGAGUACAAUCCAGCAUGUGACCUAGAAUGGGUUGGUGAUGUUGUCAGGACUAUCAAGUCUGGAUUUGCUGUCCAGGCGGAUACAGGACACAAAUGUGGAAGUUUGGUCCGCCAUGUCCUUGAUCUGCAUCUGACAUCGCUAAUUGAGGAAGGAUUCUUGACAGAGCUCUGGAAAAUUCACAGAGAACUGGAACAAAAUCACAAUUGCAACUAUGACGGUGCAUCUCAAUCAGAUCGGCGACUGCAGAAACCCACGGAGGAAGAGACGCACCACGGCCCAAGUGCUGCGCAUAGGAUCCUUUCGAGUGGUGGAAUGGCGUCUGGUGGAGCAGCAGAAGGGGAUAACAUUGAUGCCGAUACCUUGACACUAGAGCACAUGUUUGGAACUUUUCUUGUGCAUUGGGGAGCAAUGGCUGUCGCCGUUUUGGUGAGUUGCAUCACUGCAUUUUCUCACAAAUUGAGGUUUUGGCAGAAGAAAGGGCCCACAGUCGAGAAGUUGACUAGUGGAACUCACCAACCAGUUUUGGGGUCUAAUCAAGCACCGAGCAUCAUUCAUGCCACGAAAGUCCGGGAGGAACCACCGUGGUCGCAGGCGGGCAACUUGCUGGAACAUGAGCCCAUUGAGUUCGACUAUGCUACAAUGGUUGCAAAGCAACAGAUUCUCGAGGCGAAAAUUGUCCGAGUAGAAAAGGCCCUGAAUGCUAAGAUGGACUCGGUUCUACAUUUGCUGCAGAGGGGCGGCCGAGCAGAUACAGUUGCAUUAUCGUAAAUGAGCAUCAAAGUGUUGUUUUCUGUGUAAAGGAAGGCGGUAAAGGAUCGAAUAACGGAUAGUCUUGACCACGCUGGGUCUCUUGGGAGUUGGCUUCAUUAGCUAGGACAUGGUCCUGGCACAUUAGAAAUCGUUUCAGCGG